AUGAUGAUGAUGUCCCUGAACAGCAAGCAGGCGUUCAGCAUGCCGCACGGCGGCAGCCUGCACGUGGAACCCAAGUACUCGGCCCUGCACAGCGCCUCGCCCGGCUCUUCCGCACCCGCAGCGCCCUCCGCCAGCUCCCCUAGCAGCUCGAGCAAUGCUGGCGGCGGGGGCGGCAGCGGCGCGGGCGGCGGAGGUCGGAGCAGUGGCUCCAGCGGAGGCAGUGGCGGCGGCGGCGGCGGGGGCUCCGAGGCGAUGCGGAGAGCUUGUCUUCCAACCCCACCGAGCAAUAUAUUCGGUGGGCUGGAUGAGAGUCUGCUGGCCCGAGCCGAGGCUCUGGCGGCCGUGGACAUCGUCUCCCAGAGCAAGAGCCACCACCACCACCCGCCCCACCACAGCCCCUUCAAGCCAGACGCCACCUACCACACCAUGAACACCAUCCCGUGCACGUCGGCUGCCUCCUCUUCGUCGGUGCCCAUCUCGCACCCGUCCGCCCUCGCGGGCACGCACCACCACCACCACCAUCACCACCACCACCACCACCAGCCGCAUCAGGCGCUUGAGGGCGAGCUGCUGGAGCACCUGAGUCCCGGGCUGGCCCUGGGUGCCAUGGCGGGCCCCGACGGUGCCGUGGUGUCCACGCCAGCUCACGCGCCGCACAUGGCCACCAUGAACCCUAUGCACCAAGCAGCACUCAGCAUGGCCCACGCGCACGGGCUGCCCUCACACAUGGGUUGCAUGAGCGACGUGGACGCCGAUCCCCGGGACCUAGAGGCAUUCGCCGAGCGCUUCAAGCAGCGACGCAUCAAGCUAGGGGUGACCCAGGCCGAUGUGGGCUCCGCGCUCGCUAACCUCAAGAUCCCCGGAGUGGGCUCGCUUAGCCAGAGUACCAUCUGCAGGUUCGAGUCCCUCACGCUGUCGCACAACAAUAUGAUCGCCCUCAAACCCAUCCUGCAAGCGUGGCUCGAGGAGGCGGAGAAGUCCCACCGCGAGAAGCUCACCAAGCCCGAGCUCUUCAACGGUGCAGAAAAGAAGCGCAAGCGCACGUCUAUCGCGGCACCCGAGAAGCGCUCGCUGGAAGCCUACUUCGCCAUCCAGCCCCGGCCCUCUUCCGAGAAGAUCGCUGCCAUCGCGGAGAAGCUGGACCUUAAGAAAAACGUGGUGCGUGUCUGGUUCUGCAACCAAAGGCAGAAACAGAAAAGAAUGAAAUAUUCCGCGGGCAUUUAGGAGACCAUUGUUCUCUCCAGGGACAACCCGCUCUUUACUCCCUUUUCCCUCCCCCUCUCUCUUACCUCUUUCCUUUCCACUUUUG